GAGACCUCACCAGGGAGGCAGGCCAGGAACCGAUCUCCUCACACAUCAUGGAUACAGAUUACGACACAACAUUUGAGGAGGACUCACAGAUGCCAAAUGAUGAUGAAGUUCCAUAUAGUGAUGAUGAAACCGAUGAUGAACUGGAGAGUCCAAACUCAAACGAACCUGAGCAAAACAGAAUCAACAAACAAGCAGAGCUCAGCCAAGUGCAGAUCCCAAAAGAAUGUAAUUGGCAAGUGAAAGCGAACGACCGCAAUUUCUACAAUCAACCUGAAUUCAUGAUCAAGUCCUUCCUUUGUUUUAAGAAGAGCAAGUACUCGGGAAAUGCCAUAAAGACCUACAAGUAUAACCCAAUCACCUUCCUGCCAAUGAACCUGUUUGAGCAAUUCAAGAGGGCGGCCAACGCUUACUUCCUAGUCCUCCUCAUCCUCCAGACAAUUCCCCAAAUAUCCACCGUCUCAUGGUCGACGACUCUGAUCCCUCUGCUGCUCGUACUGGGCAUCACUGCCAUCAAAGAUCUGGUGGACGACAUUGCUCGUCAUAAAAUGGACAAUGAGGUUAACAACCGACCCAGUGAAGUCAUAGAAGACGGAAGAUUUCAGAAAACGAAAUGGAAUAACAUCCAAGUUGGGGACGUCAUCCGAAUUAACAAGAAUGAGUUCAUUCCGGCAGACGUGCUGUUACUAUCCAGCUCAGAACCGAACAGUCUGUGUUACGUAGAAACGGCCGAGCUUGACGGAGAAACGAACUUGAAGUUUAAAAUGUCGCUGGAGGUGACUGACAAGCUGCUGCAGGAGGAGAGGGCGCUGGCUGAUUUUGAUGGGUUCGUUACAUGUGAGGAGCCCAAUAAUCGCUUGGACAAGUUUGUUGGGACGCUGUGCUGGAGAGGAACGACUUACCCUCUGGACGCAGAUAAAGUCCUCCUCAGGGGCUGCGUCAUCCGCAACACCACGUACUGCCACGGCCUCGUACUGUUUGCAGGCGCUGACACAAAAAUUAUGAGGAACAGUGGGAAAACCAGAUUGAAGAGAACAAAAAUUGAUUAUCUGAUGAAUUACAUGGUCUACACCAUAUUUGUUCUCCUGAUCCUGGCAUCGGCCGGCCUUGCUAUCGGACAGACGUUCUGGGAUGCAAAGCUGGGUCAAGCUAAUGUGUCGUGGUAUCUUUAUGAUGGGAAUGAUUACACCCCGUCUUAUCGAGGCUUCCUGGCAUUUUGGGGUUACAUCAUUGUUCUGAAUACCAUGGUACCCAUUUCUCUUUAUGUGAGUGUGGAAGUGAUUCGUUUGGGCCAGAGUUACUUUAUAAACUGGGAUCUGCAGAUGUACCAUUGUGAUAAGGAUACACCGGCCAAAGCCAGGACCACGACCCUGAAUGAGCAACUGGGACAAAUCCAGUAUAUCUUCUCCGACAAAACUGGGACGUUGACCCAGAAUAUCAUGACCUUCAAGAAAUGCACGAUCAAUGAAGAAACCUACGGUGAACAUAGACAGGGAGCGGCAAACAAGUCUAUUUAUAGCGAGCAGGUAGAUUUUGGCUGGAAUCCUUUGGCAGACCCAAAGUUUACAUUUGACGACCAUUAUCUGAUUGACCAAAUCCGGUCAGGAAAAGAUCCCGACGUUCGCCUGUUUUUCAAGCUUCUCGCCUUGUGCCAUACAGUAAUGGUGGAGAAGACGGACGGUGGUGAAAUAGCCUACCAGGCGGCAUCACCGGAUGAAGGGGCCCUAGUAACUGCCGCUAGGAAUUUCGGCUUUGUGUUUCUGUCCAGAACCCAGAGUACUAUCACCAUCAGUGAACUGGAGAAGGAAGUCACCUAUGAAGUUCUUGGCAUUCUGGAUUUCAACAGUGACCGAAAGCGUAUGUCUGUUAUAGUGCGUGAGCCAAGUGGAAAAAUCAGACUGUACUGUAAAGGGGCAGACACGGUUAUAUAUGAGCGUCUAGAUCCAAAUAACCCCAUUAAGGACGCCACCCAGGAGGCUCUGGAUGUAUUUGCCAAUGAGACUCUUAGGACCUUGUGUCUUUGCUACAAGGACAUCAGCCACGAAGAGUUUGAGAAAUGGAAUAAAAAGUUUCAUGAGGCCAGCGUGGACAUGACCAAUCGGGACGAGGCUCUGGAUAAAGUAUACGAAGAGAUAGAGACCAACCUAGUGCUCUUGGGCGCCACCGCCAUUGAAGACAAGUUGCAGGACGGCGUACCAUAUACAAUCUCUAAACUUGCCAAAGCAGACAUAAAGAUUUGGGUUCUCACUGGGGAUAAAAAAGAAACAGCAGAAAAUAUUGGCUUCGCCUGUGAGCUUUUAACAGAUGAGACAAAGAUCUAUUACGGAGAGGACAUUAAUGCUCUGCUGCAGACGAGGAUGGAAAAUCAGAAGAACCGGAGUGGAGGCAACCCAAGGCCGGGUGCCAAUGACCCGGAGCCCUUCUUCCAAGGAGAUGAAAAAUGUUCUCUAAUAUUAACCGGUUCUUGGCUGAAUGAAAUUCUUCUGGAAAAGAAGAAAAAAAGGAAGAAACGCCUGAAGCUGAAAUUUCCCAGAACCGCAGAGGAGAAGCAAAAGGAUUUGCAAGAGAAACAGAAGAUUUACGCCUUAAAGGAGCAGAGACAGAAGAACUUUGUGGACCUGGCCUGCCAGUGCAGUUCUGUCAUCUGCUGUAGGGUGACUCCAAAGCAAAAAGCCAUGGUGGUUGAACUGGUGAAGAAGUACAAGAAAGCCAUCACCUUGGCUAUUGGAGACGGUGCAAAUGAUGUCAACAUGAUUAAAACUGCCCAUAUAGGAGUUGGUAUCAGCGGACAGGAGGGAAUGCAGGCCGUGAUGUCCAGUGACUACUCCUUCGCUCAGUUCAGAUACCUCCAGAGACUCAUUUUGGUCCAUGGCCGCUGGUCAUACAUCCGCAUGUGCAAGUUCCUAAGCUUUUUCUUCUACAAGAAUUUUGCGUUUACAUUGGUUCAUUUCUGGUACUCCUUCUUCAAUGGAUUUUCCGCUCAAACUGUAUAUGAAGAUUGGUUUAUCGCACUUUACAACGUCCUGUACACCAGUCUCCCUGUUCUCCUUGUUGGGCUGUUGGAUCAGGAUGUCAGUGACAAGCUGAGUCUGCGCUUCCCACGUUUGUAUAUCCCUGGCCAAAAGGAUCUGCUGUUCAACUACAAGAAGUUCUUCCUUAGCCUCUUCCAUGGUGUCGUGACCUCCCUGAUCAUCUUCUUCAUCCCCUAUGGAGCCUUUUUGUUAACCAUGGGGCAGGAUGGUGAGGCUCCCUCAGAUUACCAGUCGUUUGCUGUCACGACGGCCACUGCUCUCAUCAUCGCUGUCAAUUUUCAGAUUGGUCUGGACACCUCCUACUGGACCUUUGUGAACGCCUUCUCCGUGUUUGGAAGCAUCGCCAUCUACUUUGGAAUAAUGUUCGAUUUGCACAGUGCCGGAAUCCAUGUUCUCUUCCCAACCAAAUUUAUAUUCACAGGAGCAGCACCGAAUGCUCUCAGGCAGCCAUAUCUGUGGCUAACCAUCAUCCUCACUGUGGCAGUAUGCCUGCUUCCUGUUGUUGCAUUAAAUUUCUUGAGCAAGAUCCUGAGGCCAUCAGAAAGUGAUAAAAUUCAGAAGAAUCGUAAAAAACUAAAAACCGAGGAAGCUCAGUGGAUGCCGCGGAUCAGCACAAUCAGACGCGGCACAGCUGGCAGACGAUCGGCAUACGCUUUCUCUCACCAACGAGGUUAUGCUGACCUUAUUGCCACAGGACGCAGUAUCCAUAAAAAACGGGCUCCUCUGGAAGGCGUAUUUGGCGGCAACGCAGCGGAACGUAUCCAGUCGGCUGCAACUUUAUGAUGAAUUCUUGACAUUGCUUUUUAUUGCAGACUCUUGCACAUGGAAUUUUGUAUAAAUUUUUAUAAAAUGUUUCUCUUGCUCAGGACUUUUUUUUUUUUUUUUUUUUAAUACAGACUGAACAUGUAACCUGGAGACUUUUCUCUUUGUGAACUCCUUAUAUAGCAAAACGAAUUAUUUUUUUCACUAUUAAUUUUUCUACUUAAAAGUCGGCAUCAUUUUAGGAGGUGCCAAUCAUUGACUUACAGAAAUAUAAGUUUUCUACUGUAGGGGGUCGUGGAAGGACUGGUGGUGGCCAUCAGACAAUUUUCCAGUGCACAUAGAUGGAGCAGUCUAGCUUUAGAUCUCUCAUCCAGGGGACACUUUUAUUACGAGCACAGAAAUCUGUGAAAUUAUUGUUUACGUUUUAACCUUUUAUUUAAUAUUGUUAAUAAACUGUAGAAAAAGUUUAUUUUUGUCUUUGAUUAAAGGUUUGCUGCAAGCGGCGUCCAUUUUGAAUAAAAUAUAUAUGACAUUAAAGAGGGUGUAUGAGAUUAAAUAAAAGGGU